AUUAUCAAAACAGCUGUGUACGUAAAUAAACAAACUAUAGUUAUCGGAAAAUAGUAUUUUUUAUUUAAUUUGUGAAGCUAAAAUACGUUUCAAGUCGUCCACAAGUUCACCUAAGGAUUAUGGCUAGCAAUAAGCUUAAAUAUUUCAUCCUCACUGGAGAACCGGGUGUAGGAAAGACAACUCUGACUAAAAAAUUAAUUGGUGUUUUGAAUGAGAAAGGCGUAAAAACAUCAGGAUUCUAUACUGAAGAAGUUAGGAAAAACCGGGUGCGGGAAGGGUUCGAUGUUGUUGAUUUAAACGGGAAAAGAGGUAGACUGGCAAGAGACCAAAGCCUUUUAUCAGGUCCUAUAAAGUAUAAAGUUGGAAAGUAUGUUGUUUUAAUUCAGGAAUUUGAAAAAAUUGCACUUCCUUCCCUAUAUAAGCCAGAAAAUCCCUGCGCACAUCUUAUAGUAAUAGAUGAAAUAGGUAAAAUGGAGUUCUUCAGUGACCUUUUCAAGAGCAGAAUAAAAGAUAUUUUCAGCCAAACUUCGGAUAAUGUUGUAUUGGCAACUAUACCUUUGAGGAAAGGAGACCUGCUUAUCGAGUCCAUUAGGAAUAACAGCAGAGGUAAAGUUUGGAUGGUUACUCGUGAAAAUAGGAACAACAUCCAUGAAGAAAUAUCAAAAGAAAUUGAAAAAGCUUUGAAUUUGACAUAGUUUAUUAUUACAUUUCUGUAAUGUUAUUUGUUCAGAACGAUUGUUGUUUUGUAUAUUUAUAAGUGAAAUUAAAAAGCGUGUUUCU